AUGAUUGUGCAGCUUGAUGAAUUUAUGGCUUAUGCUGUAAGUGAGGAUAAUGAAAACGUCAUGUGUCCGAUUUUGACAUGGUCUGGCGGUGAUAAUGGCAAUCUAAACGCAGUCAGUUUAGUCGAUGUUGUCCAAGUCGGGAACAUGGUGUAUUACGAAGCAGCGAUUUGUCCCGAUGGAUUGAAAGCGAGGUGGUGGUCAACAAAUUCCUCAGGCAGACCACACAAGAAUUCUUCCGCACAGACGGCAAUCACUGUGGAACAAAUGGUUCUGAGGACCCUGAGUCCUGAUAUCCUUAAUUAUUUGCGGAGGACUAUUCCAACUAUUGUGCAAUUUGCAAAAAAUCCAUAG